AUGAGUGACAUCAGAGAGUCGAGGCCUCCUCCCCCGUCUUGGAUAAAUAGAGAAUUUGUAGAGACUGCGCUUAAUAAUGACGGUAAUGGUGAGAAAGUGACCGUAGAAUCAUUUACUGUGGGCUACGCCAACAAGGAAGGGGUGGGCUUCAUGAGUCACAUGUUCAGAGUGGUUGCUGCCAUUAGACAAGAAGACAGUGGCAACCACCCCAAGGUGCAUCUCAUAGUGAAGUGCCGCGAUCAGCAAGGACAGUUGCAGGAGCUGGUCGAGGAAAACAAUGUCUUCGAGAUGGAAGCCCUACUGCUGUCCGAGGUGAUGCCACUGGUGCACGGCACUCUCAGGGCUGUGGAGUGGGCAGCGUUCGGGCCCGUGGCCGCGCGCUGCUACUGGUCCGGGGGGCGGCCCUCGCAGUUCCUGGUGAUGGAGGACCUGUCGGAGGCCGGCUUCACGCUGGCCAAGGCGGGGCACCAGCUGGACUACCACCACUGCCUCGCCGCGCUGCGAGCCUACGCGAGGCUGCACGCGGCCUCGGCCAAAGUCCUCGAGGACCUCCCCCACUACAAGGUGGUCUACGACCCGAGCAAGUCAGCAGAUGAGCGCCAGAUGCAGCUCAUCAAGCAGAUGUGUGACAAAGUGUUCAGCGCCGUAGCAAACGCUUUGAAGCACUGUCCAGAGUACGACAGGAACGCCGAAAAAUUUACGCGCAUAUCUGACAAGGUCGUCGAGGGGACGAACAGAUUUCGGACGUCUAAGGACUUUAGCAAAGUGCACAGCCCGGCCGCCGACGUGCAGUGUUUCCUGAACGCCAACGCCAGCGGGCAGCUGCAGCGCCAGCACUUUGACAGCCUGGUGGUGGAGUACCACGGCACGCUGCAGCGCACACUGCGAGCCCUGGCAAUGCACCAGCAGGCGGACGCCUACCCGCUGAGGCAGCUGAGGGCCGACAUGGACCGGGCCGCGGUGCUGGGGCUCUUCAACUGUGCGCUGCGUGGACUCCACCUGGGCACGGAGAGCCACUCCGACCAAGUCGGCCAGGCCUUCAAGAAAUCCGACGAGUCCAGCGCGGCGCUAGCAGCCACCUACAGCAAUCCUGAAUGUGUUUCCUACUUGAAGUAUAUUGCGCCCAUAUACGAGAGCAAAGGGCUUCUGUGA